CGUGGGUAACGCGCGUUGGGAGAGUCAAUAGCAGGUAUCACUUUCCCUCCAGGAAAAUACAGAUGAUGCUGUCUAGAGCAGUCAUCUCCUCUUCUUCUCUGCCGUCUCUUACCCAACCAAAAGGCCGUCGAAAAUAGUGUCAUAUUUUCGCCCAUCUACGACAGAGUACUCUUCUGUACCACAUUCCGAAAGAUCCCAAACUCGACGCAGUACAGUACGGAGUACACAGAAGAGACGUUUGCGUUUCGGUUCAAGCAUAGAGUAGCGCCUUACCGUCACCUAUCUAGAUAGCUUGAGCCAUACAUCCACGUGACUCGCUGUACGCAUCAAUGAUUGAUAGAACCUUGGAAUCCUCUCAUCGCUUUGCAGCGUAGACUUUGGCCUGCGAACAUAGGCAAACCGAUUGUCAAGAACGAUGCAGGGACGAAGAGACCCUGCGUCACUCCAGAAGAAAGCCCGUACAUGAUUGCUUCAGCAUGCUGCUUUCCACCGCCGGUGAGGCCCAUCACACACAGCUACCAUGAUGUGCUCUCCCGUGCUGCACGGUUUCGAUGCCGCGACCCGCCCGCAGCCAGUAUGCACCGCCUCCUGAAACACGCUGCUCAUCCCGCCCGUCCGCUAACCGCUCGUCUCUGCUUCCACUUUGACAACGACGACGGUUAUCUGCUAAUAAUGGGCGCUUUUCUGGGGCAGACGAGAUUAUUGGCAGCUCAGGCUCCUACCCUCCUCCAGCUGGCGCCUUCACCCACACCUCAGGCUAAAAUGGCCAUACCAUGCCCAGCGACAGGUCUUGUUGUUGUUGUUCGGAUGGGAACCCCGGUCUGUCGGCGCGAAGGACCUCGCAGCGGGAGACACGGACGCUUCAAUUAUGACCCCUCGCUGGUCGCUGGGGCAUCUGACUGCGAGCUCGUGAGUGGUCGGCUGUUUUCGCAACCGGGAAAGGCUGGGCAAGGCGGCGGAUCAGAGUCCGGCGUCUCCAGCCUUCACACCCGAACGGAGGCGUCCAGGAGCCAACAGUUCCGUCAUCUGAAGCGAAGAGGCGCCGGAUGGCAGAGGCUGGCCCAGGGCCGGAGCUCCUGGGAGCUGGAGGGCGUGCGACGUGGGAGGAGGACUCGAGGGAGCUUGAGUGGUGGGGUUGCGCGCCCCGUUACAAGGGGCACGUCACGUCAAGAUUGGGGAUCGAGGCAACGGAGGCCGAGGGCCAGUCGCUCCUCUGCUGGCAGAAGCGUGCCCGCCCGCUGUGCUCGCUGUGUUGUCUUUGCUGGCAGCACCUGUGGAAGUGGGCGUGAGCGAGAGUGGGUGGGUGUGUGGAUGUGGAAAAUCUGGUUGUGUGUCCCAUCUGGACGGACGGGCGUGGGACCCAGGGGCCCGCUGAUAGGAGCAUGGCCCAUGCGGUGA